AAAAAAUAAAGCGUAAUGAAAUACGUCACGGUGUAAACGGGGCAGGCUCGCUGACAAACGCGGAACUAGUAGAGGAUUCACGUGAUUGUCAGUCGGACAUAUUUCCCCAGCGGACAACUUGUCUGAACUGCUACGAUGUAUUCAGCAGGAACAGAGAGUUUGAUCAAACAAGCCAGGGAGAUCGGGGAGGAGGAGCUACAGAAGUUCUACUGCAGGAUCACCAAGCAGCUGAUGGGUAAAGAACACGGCCAUGAUGUCAUCGACUCACUCCAGAGACUACACCUGAUCAUGGCCUCAACCAAGUACACUAGGAGGCUGCCAGUGGAGCUGCAUGACCGUCUGCUGUCACUUUGUGUGUCUUCCUCUGUGGAGCAGCUGACUGUGUUGACCUCGGCAGUACUCAGAGAAACACUGCCCCCCUCUGGUCCGGGGCAGAUCUACACCCUACAUGACCACAGCCCUUUACCCAGUCAUACUGCUGCUUUAAUGCUGUCACAGGCAGAGUCUAAAGAAGACCUGUCAGCGCUCUCCUCUCUCCUCCUUCGAAGUUUGGAGGGACGACCAGCAGGCAUACUCUCUCACCUUCACACUCUGCCUCUUCUCAACACCAUCAUCACCUACUGCCCAGAGAGCCUUACUGAAGAUCAUGUGACCCUGCUCAGUAAGAGGCUUGUCGAAUGGCUGCGCUACGCCAGUGUUCAGCAGGGAGGUGUGGCCUCGUCAGGAGGGUUUUUCACUGGCCCUCGAAUACGUCAGCCGGGGCCGGUGGUGGAGCUGGACGGCUGUGUGUGUGGGGAUUUCUUCACGGUGCUGUGUGUCAGCCAAGCCUUCUCAGACGACCAAUGGAUGAACCUCUACAGUUUCUCUCUGCUACGCCAUUGGCUGAUCACAUACCACAAUGUAACGGAUGGCAACAACAGCACAGACGCAGAUGACAGGUCGGAGGUGGACGGCUCUGUGGUUUCCAUGGUAUCAGCCACGUCGUCCUCCAGCAGACUCCUUCCUCCUAAAGAACGUCUGAGAGAGAAGAGUUUCCAGUACUGCCAACGCCUCAUAGAACAGAGUGACCGCAAGGCGCUGAAGAGAACAGACACAGAGCUACAGAAAGCAUGCUUGGUGGAGGCGGUGCGUAUCCUGGACGGUGUGUGUGUGGAGGAUGCAGGGUGUGUGUAUCGUGCGUUCCCGUGUGUUAAGUCACUGUUCGGCCGUCUGAACUCUGACCUGUCCUGCAGCAGAGUCCUCCUGCCCAUCGCUCAGUUCUACCUGAACCACGGGGAGACUGCAGCGGUGGACAGUGAGUGUGUGUGGAGGUGUGUGUUUGGUGUUCUCCCAGCAGAGUGUUUCAACGACCCCUAUCUGGCCCACGAGACGCUGUCCUUCAUCAGAGCCAAUCAGCUGCAGCUCCAUUCCUCUGUACCACUGUACACACACUACUUCCCUAGCCUGCUCAAGUUCCUAGCGUGGGACAGUCCAGGCCUGGUAUCUGACUAUGUGGAUGUGCUGCCCUCUCUGGUCACGGCUGGGACUGCAGUUGAGCUACUGCACUCUCUACUGGACUUGCCCUGUCUCACUGCUGCUCUCACCCUGCAGCUCAGGUCUGCAUGCUUCCCUGUGUCUGAGCCAGGGGGGCGUGGUCUGUCAUCGCUGGAAGCUUUCCGAAGCCCCGCCCAUAGAGGCCUCUUCCUGUUCCUGUUGAGAGGGGAGGCAGGGUCUGGUGAUACCAUGGACAGACUGAGUGUGCUCCAUGACCUGCUGAUGGAGGCAGCUGAUUGGUCCAGAGUCAUCCAAUCAGCUCAAAGUGUUCCAGUGCUGCUGCACGUCUACUUCAACACAGUUACCACGAUAUCAGAUGAGCGGUUGCUGGCCCAGCUGGUGUUGGUGCUGUUGGAGAGAAGCAGUCUGUUGCUCAACAUCCCCAAAUACACUGCAGAGAUACACCGAGUUUUUAGCCACCACUUGUUGAAGCUGUGUAAGCUCCACCCCUCUCUGGUUGUGGACCAAUCACGGGAGCUGCUGGAGUUUGCUGGAACCACCACUAACAUCCACAGCAAAGAAGACCUGUACACACAUGUGGUGUGGGUGCUAGGUGAGUACCUGUCGGUGUCAUUUGACUCUCGGUGUUCCGUGGAUCUGGUUACUUCCUGUUUCGAGGCAUUGGAGGCAGUCCUCUUCGAGAUCACUUCCUCUGGAAGCCCCUCCCCCAGGGUGGUUACCUCCUUGCUGAGCGCGCUCGCUAAACUGGCUUCCCGUUCCCACGACCUCAUACCCAGGGUUUCUCUGUUCCUCUCUAAGCUUCGUAGCGGAGCAGUCUCCUGGUGUGGCAGUGAGGAGGAUGUUGUCGCCGUAGUGACCAGAGGGGAGGAGUUAUGGUCGCUGCUGAAACUUCCGAGCGUGGCGCUGAGUGUUCUAACCCCGCCUUCCCUCGCCACCUCCCCCCGCUGGCACCGAGACGCCAACGCAACGCUGCCACCUCGACUCAGAACACUGACUGGCCUCACACACACACGCUAAAAUAUAGUCACACAUAGACCUUAAAUCAUUUAUGUUCAUUAAAUGUACUGUAUGUUUUCAUACAGUGAGGGCCAAAAGUAUUGGGACAGUGACGUUGUUGUUGUUGCAACAUAAUCUGACACAACCAAAACAAACAGGACAUCCAACCCCUUUGUAGAGUUACAAGCUUGAUGUAGUUAUUGAAGGAAUAUGGGACCAAAUACUAAAUGUUUCACUGAUGUACUACACAAGUCCAUUUUCCCCAAUGCUUUUGGUCCCCUAAAAUGGGGGGGACUAUGUACAAAAAAUGCUGUAAUUUCUAAAUGUUUCACCUGAUAUGGACGGGAAUAGCCUUAAAGCUGACAUUCUGCACUUUAACCUCAGUCAUUGUAUCAACGUGUUGGAGUACAGAGCCUAAACAACAACAACAACAUGUCACUGUUCCAAUACUUUGAGAUCACUGUCUUUGUUUACACACAUUUUAUAGAUCUGUUUUAAAUCAACAGUUUCUCUGAUAGAAUAUCAUAGAUACAGGAAUGACUGAGCCAUCUAGAUAUAGUUAUACUAGACAGGACUGACUGAGACAUCUAGAUAUAGUUAUACUAGACAGGACUGACUGAGCCAUCUAGAUAUAGUUAUACUAGACAGGACUGACUGAGACAUCUAGAUAUAGUUAUACUAGACAGGAAUGACUGAGCCAUCUAGAUAUAGUUAUACUAGACAGGAAUGACUGAGCCAUCUAGAUAUAGUUAUACUAGACAGGAAUGACUGAGCCAUCUAGAUAUAGUUAUACUAGACAGGACUGACUGAGACAUCUAGAUAUAGUUAUACUAGACAGGACUGACUGAGACAUCUAGAUAUAGUUAUACUAGACAGGACUGACUGAGACAUCUAGAUAUAGUUAUACUAGACAGGACUGACUGAGACAUCUAGAUAUAGUUAUACUAGACAGGACUGACUGAGACAUCUAGAUAUAGUUAUACUAGACAGGACUGACUGAGACAUCUAGAUAUAGUUAUACUAGACAGGACUGACUGAGACAUCUAGAUAUAGUUAUACUAGACAGGACUGACUGAGACAUCUAGAUAUAGUUAUACUAGACAGGACUGACUGAGACAUCUAGAUAUAGUUAUACUAGACAGGACUGACUGAGACAUCUAGAUAUAGUUAUACUAGACAGGAAUGACUGAGCCAUCUAGAUAUAGUUAUACUAGACAGGACUGACUGAGCCAUCUAGAUAUAGUUAUACUAGACAGGACUGACUGAGACAUCUAGAUAUAGUUAUACUAGACAGGACUGACUGAGACAUCUAGAUAUAGUUAUACUAGACAGGACUGACUGAGACAUCUAGAUAUAGUUAUACUAGACAGGACUGACUGAGACAUCUAGAUAUAGUUAUACUAGACAGGACUGACUGAGCCAUCUAGAUAUAGUUAGCUCAGUCAGUCCUGUCUAGUAUAUCUAUAAUGACAGACAUCUACAGUGCCUUCAGAAAGUCUACCUUUUUGUGUUACAGCCUGAAUUUAAAUGUAAAGGUUUCAGUAUAAAGGUACCACAGUAUUACUCCUUAAAGGUGUCAGUAUUACUCCUUAAAGGUGUCAGUAUAAAGGUACCACGGUAUUACUCCUUAAAGGUGUCAGUGUAAAGGUACCACGGUAUUACUCCUUAAAGGUGUCAGUAUAAAGGUACCACAGUAUUACUCCUUAAAGGUGUCAGUAUAAAGGUACCACAGUCUUACUCCUUAAAGGUGUCAGUGUAAAGGUACCACAGUAUUACUCCUUAAAGGUGUCAGUAUAAAGGUACCACAGUAUUACCCCUUAAAGGUGUCAGUAUAAAGGUACCACAGUAUUACCCCUUAAAGGUGUCAGUAUAAAGGUACCACAGUACUACUCCUUAAAGGUGUCAGUAUAAAGGUACCACAGUAUUACUCCUUAAAGGUACCACAGUAUUACUCCUUAAAGGUGUCAGUAUAAAGGUACCACAGUAUUACCCCUUAAAGGUGUCAGUAUAAAGGUACCACAGUAUUACUAAUUAAAGGUGUCAGUGUAAAGGUA